AGUGGUGGUGGUAGUGGUGGCAGUAGUCCACUUGAUCAACACAACUUGGUCAGUCUCGUUAAGUGACCGCCACCUGGUGUUACUCCCCGGCACUAGACACCAAGACCAAUAGACAUACACCCUUAUCGAUCUCUAUUCACGAUAAGAAGAAAAUAUUAAUAAUAAGUGAUAUCAUUGAACAUGUGACUGGCUCUUUAACUGGCCACUAGUGAUGCUUAGUGAAACGUCGAGAUUUAUAAAUGAAAAUCCAACGGUAAAUGGCUUCGGGGACCAGCCAAUUAAAUUUGAGGUGUUUGUUGCAAGCAGAAUGAGUCAGUUCAGUACGGGAGGUUGUUUACCGUAUUGCAAGAUGUGUUCGUGGUUAUUCUCUAACACGACAGACGACGACGACUCACGCCCAGAAGACCUCACCACCUCGCCAAAGUCACACAACCACACGUCUUCAUCAACACACGGACAAGUGCCAUCCCCGAGCUCUGUGGCACCCAUUAACCGAGUGCUAGCCGCCACAAAGCCCUCACCACCGGACCAACUUGGAUCAGGAGAGAGGCAGUUGUUACCGUACAGAAUGACGGAGACUCCUCAACACACUGAACACUCCAAGUUACUCAGGACAUCAAGGCAGUUAGACUCCCCCACACACCAAGGGUUACCACCACUACGUCCUCCUCGAAAGUCCUCCUCACACUCCAUAUCCCUGGUGACGUCCUCGACCUCCCUGAUGUUGUCCUCCUCGAUGCUGGCCUUAUCGACGACUCAGGUGUCAACGCCAACCAGAGUCACGUCGGUGGCACUGGUGCGAGGACCUGUGAACCCGGAGCAG